UAGUGGAGUUUAACCAGAAGUCAACUUUGCUGUAUUUUGCUAUACAUAUACUUUGUGUUUUCACGUAGUUGUAAUAUUAGUUACUUAUUAUUGAGGCAGACGAAACCCAAGUGUUUAUUGGGGGAGUGAGGAGGGGAGCGCUGCCUUUAAAACGGGGGUUUAUGAUAAGAGAGAAGAAGAGAGUAAUAUUCAUCAUCUGUUCCAGAGAACGCCAGUUCAAAGUUGUGUGUCUUUGAAGAGUGACAGGUCCAUGGCUGAACCUCCUAAAUUCAGUGAUAAAGUAGAAGACUUUCAACCCAGUCUUCCAGAGAAAGUAGAGGACUGUGCUGUUCACCACCAGUUCCAGAGACCAGCAUCUCCACAAACAAGUUAUGUGUCUUUGAAGAGUGACAGAUCCAUGGCUGAACCCCCUAAAUUCAGUGAUAAAACAGGGCACUUGCAGCCCAGUCUUUCAGACAAAGUGGAGCACAGUGCUGUUUACCACCAGUCAAAGAGACCAGCAUCGACACUACCAAGCUAUGCAUCUUUGAAGAGUGACAGAUCCAUGGCUGAACCUCCUAAAUUCAGUGAUAAAACAGGGCACUUUAAACACAGUGGGAGAAAGAAACAGGUGGUUCAAGAUCAGUCUGAGAGCCUGUCUGGAGCUUCUGACUGCUUUCAGUGCAGAAAAAUAUCUGAAAUUUGUCCCGUUAUACACCCACACACGAGAGGGUCCAGUCCUGCUGAAGAGCAGCUGAGCUCUUGCCAACCAGUAGAUGCCAUCCUACUGAGUAUCAAAGAAAGUCACAAAACCGGCAUGAAGAAGUAUGAGAGUUUAUGUGAAGGAAUCAAUAUACAAGAGAACAAAAACCAUCUUAACAAGAUUUACACACAGCUUUAUAUAAUAGAGGGAGAGAGGGAAGGGGUAAAUGAAGAACAUGAGGUUGUACAAAUAGAGAAAACCAAGACUGAACGCUUACAAGGUACUCCAAUCAACUGCAAUGACAUUUUCCAGCCUCUAUCCGAUCCAAGUUAUGAGAGAAAAGACAACCAAGAAAAAGUAAAGACUGUUCUUACCAAAGGAAUUGCUGGAAUUGGAAAAACAGUCUCUGUGCAUAAGUUCAUUCUGGAUUGGGCUGGGGGCAAAGCUAAUCAGGAUGUUGAUUUUCUCUUUGUUCUUCCAUUUCGGGAACUCAACUUGGUUAAAGAUGAUCAGUACAGCCUUCACAGACUUCUGCUUGACUUCCAUCCAGAGCUUCUGGAGGUAGACACAAGGGUAUAUGAUUUGUGUAAAGUCUUGUUCAUCUUUGACGGUCUGGAUGAAAGUAGAAUUACAUUGACAUUUUCACACUGUGACAAAAUUUCUGAUGUAUCUACAACAUCAUCAGUGAGCAUGUUGAUGUCAAAUCUCAUAAAAGGAGAUUUGUUGUCCUCUGCUCUCAUCUGGAUCACAUCCAGACCGACAGCAGCUGGUCAGAUCCCCUCACAUUACAUCAGCCGUGUAACAGAAGUACAGGGAUUCACUGACCAUCAGAAGGAGGAAUAUUUUAGGAAGAGGAUCAAUGAUCAGGAUCAAGCCACCAGAAUCAUCUCUCACAUAAGAACAGCCAGAAGCCUCCACAUAAUGUGUCAUAUACCGGUUUUCUGCUGGAUCACAGACACUGUGCUUCAGAACAUCCUAAAACAUGAUAGCAGUGCAGAAAUCCCAAAAACGCUAACUGAAAUGUACAUACAUUUUCUGAUCAUUCAGGCCGUUACGAAGAGGCAGAAGUAUGGUGAGAGAGAUGAAAGAUAUGGGAAAGAUCCAAAGUUGCUUCUGCAUUCAGAAAGAGAUGUGAUUUUGAAACUUGCUGAAUUGGCUUUCAAAGCUCUGAUGAAUGGUGAUGUCCUGUUCUAUGAUGAGGACCUGAAAAAAUGUGGAAUAGAUGUCGACAAUGCCUCUGAGUAUUCUGGGAUUUGCACCGAGAUCUUCAAGGAGGAAUCAGUGAUCUAUUCGAGGAAGGUCUACUGCUUUGUUCAUCUGAGCUUUCAAGAGUUUUUUGCUGCACUUUUUGUGUUUUUCAACUAUUUAAACAAGGACAGUGAUAUUCUGAGAAGGUUCCAGAUAAAGAAAGGAAGAAAAAAGAUCAAAGCACAGUUUAAUGAGGUUUCACUAGAUGCAUUUCUGAAGGUUGUGGUUGAUGAAGCACUGAAGAGUGACAACGGACAUCUUGAUCUUUUCCUUCGAUUUCUUCAUGGCAUCUCCCUGGAGUCAAAUCAGAGACUUCUCCAAGGUCUGCUCACCCACGUGGAGGACAACCCUGAAAGCAUGAAGAAAGUAAUAAAAAACCUCAGACAAAGUCAAAAGCAGAAUGUCAGGCCAGAAAGGUGGAUUAAUCUCUCACACUGCUUGAUUGAAAUGAAGGAUACUUCUAUUCUUGAAGACAUUCAGGCUUACCUGAAAGCUGAAGGAAAGUUAAAAAAAUAUCUGUCUCCUGCCCACUGUUCAGCUUUAGCUAAUAUGCUUUUGAUGGCAGAGGAUGUCCUAGAUGUGCUAAACCUCAAGAAAUACAACACAACAUGCACGGAGGCUCAAAGGAGACUGGUACCAGCUGUGAGGAACUGUCAAAAAGCAAUAUUGGAAGGCUGUAAUCUCACUGAACAAUCAUGUGAAAUUUUGGCAUCGGCUCUACAGCAAGCAAACUCCCCUGUGAGAGAGCUGGACAUGAGUAACAAUGACCUGCAGGACUCAGGUGUCAAACUCAUUUCUAGUGGACUUAAGAGUACACACUGUAAACUGGAGAUACUGAGAUUAAAAGGCUGUAAAGUCACCAUUCAGUCCUGUGAAACUUUGGCUUCAGCUCUGCUAUCAGCAAAUUCAUGCCUGAGAGAGCUGGACCUCAGUAACAAUGACCUGCAGGAUUCAGGAGUGAAGCGGCUUGCUGCUGGCCUGAGAAGCCCACACUGUAAACUGGAGAUAUUGAGCCUGGCUGGCUGUAAACUCACCAACCAGUCAAGUGAAACACUGGCCUCAGUUCUACUUUCAGUGAACUCUUGCCUGAGAGAGUUGGACCUGAGUAAUAAUGACCUGAAGAAUUCACGGCUGGAAUGGCUCUCUGCUGGACUGAAUGGCUGUAAACUGGAAAAACUAAGAUUGGUCAGCUGUAACCUGACAGGUCAGUCCUGUGAAAUGAUGGCCUCAACUCUACAAUCAGUUAACUGCCUUCUGAAGGAGCUGGACCUGAGUGACAAUGAUCUGCAGGAUACUGGAGUGGAGAUUUUCUCAGCUGGACUGAAGAGUCCUCACUGUAUACUAGAGAUACUGAGAAUGUCCACUUGUAAUCUCACUGAUCAGUCCUGUGCGACUGUGGCCUCAGUUUUACAACUGGCAAAAUGCCCUUUGAGAGAGCUGAACUUGAGCAAAAAUGACCUGCAGGAUUCAGGAGUGAAGAUGCUCUCAGAUGGACUGAAGAGUUCACACUGUAAACUGGAGAUACUGAGACUGUCUGGCUGUUUCAUCACAGAGGAAGGCUGUUCUGUUUUGACCACUGCUCUGACUUCAAACCCCUUACACCUCAGAGAGCUGGACCUCAGCUGCAAUCAUCCGGGAGUUUUAGGUGGACAGCUGCUUACAGCUAGAUUGAAUGAUACAAAUUGCAAAUUGGAGAUCCUCAAUCUGGAACAUGAGGGCAAGUUCAGGAUUACAGCUGGGUUACGAAGAUGUGCCUGUGAUCUCACGCUAGACCCCAACACAGCACACACAAGUCUGUCUCUGUCGGAGGGGAACAAAACCGUGACAUAUGUAGAAGAGGAGCAGUCGUAUCCAGACCUUUCUGAGAGAUUUGAGUGCUAUCCUCAGGUUCUGUGCAGAGAGAGUCUGUCUGGACGCUGUUCCUGGGAGGUUGAGUGGAGCGGCAAGAGUGAGGUCUAUGUUUCAGCCUCAUAUAAAGGAAUCAGGAGGAAAGGAGAGAGUAAUGACUGUGAGUUUGGAUCCAAUGAGAAGUCCUGGAGGCUCGUCUGCUCUGAUAACAGUUUCUCAGCCUGGCACAAUAGUAAGAGGACUAAAAUGCGUCCACCAUCAUGCUCAUCUCGUUCUAAAAGGGUAUGGGUGUAUUUGGACUGUCCUGCUGGCACUCUGUCUUUCUACAGUGUCUCUGACAAAAACAGACUGACACACUUACACACAUUCCACUCCAUAUUCCCAGAGCCUCUCUACGCAGGGUUUGGCCUUUCCUCUGGCUGCUCAGUGUCUCUGUGCUAGAUUGAGACUUCUCCUGAUGGAAAGAAUGUAAACAGCAGUGGGAAUGACAUAAAUAUAGUUUUAAUAUAACAAACACAUAGAGCAGAAUUCUAUCACAGACAUGUUAUACAAACACACGCAAAUUGUGGAAACGAUUUCAAUAAUAACUAUAACUGCUAACUAUAACUCAUAACAUUUGGGUUUUUUUAACUUGUGAGGGAAUAUUUUUUUAGAUUUGAACUAGUUAUUUUUUCUGUUUUUCUUUGUACUACUUUACAGAAAGAAAUUAAUAGUACUUUUAAAAGACACCUGUCUUUAAAUUGAAGAUGUUUAAAGUUGUGUAAACUUAAACAGGUACAACUCUCAGGGAUAAGCAACACAGCAAAACAUGAAGACAUAAUAGGUUAUCUCAAGAUCUUGAUUUAGCAGUUUUUUUUCUUUCGGUCUGAAGGUAACAAAAGCCACAAUAUAUGUACUGUUACAUCAUGAAUGAGUGAGUUUGUUUUAUAUGGGAAUAACUCAAGCUUUUAGAUUUAUUGGGUGUUUGCAUUAAUACGCAACUAAAAGCAUUUGCUUUUGAGUUUUGUGUAUUUUAGUCAAUUAUUACUACAACUUACUGAUUGGAAGAUCAGAAACUUAGUGUUGUUCCACAUCUUCACUUUUGCUUUUGUGUUGGUUUUACAGACACUAGGAAUGAAACAGUAGCAAUAUUACAAAUCAAAAUAGUUAAGUGCACACUAAUAUCUAGAUAAUGAAAUAAACUCAGAUCUAUUGUAUUUCAGAUUAAUAAAAUGUAAUUGUCAAAUGAAGUGAAAUGACUCACUAUCUGGAGGACUCUCUUUGCUGUUUCUUCUUUCUGGUGUGUAGUUUGCAGUUUCACCAGGGGACAUUAAAUAGAGCAGCAGAAAUAUAUUAAAUUAGGAAAAAUCUAUUAAUAAAAUCUGAUUAUUUGACAUUGUUUACUGCAUUGCUAGAUAUGUUUAAUGCUAAAUUAAGAGAGAUUUCUAUGUAUAAAUUCUGCUCACAAUCUACUUGAAUGCACCAUCUCUGUUCUAUCUGAUGUUAGACUCACCUGGCAAAAGAGAAGAUUCUGUCAUUUUCAUUCUCUCUUUUUUACUCCAUGUUUUGUGUAUCUGUAGAAGUGAAGAAAACAGUGUAAAUAUGUGUGUAUAUGAUAGUGUGCAUAUUACAUAUUUUCUGUUAAAAUUACCAAUAAUCAAACCAGUUUUUUUUCCAGCAAGAUAUGCCACAUUGCAGCCACGCGUUAUAUCCUCUGCAAUAUAACACACAUAACCUACCCACAAGUUUGUGAAAUUGUGUAACAACAAUAACAUAACGAUAACUUUUUCUUUCUAUCUUUUUUUUUUUUUUUUUUUUGACAGAUAUCUUGUAGGGGAAUAUUUUGUGAAUUAGUUUUUUUUUUUUGUAGACAUUUUGAAUGUGAAGUUUUUUUUUUUUUUCUGUUUUUCUCUGUACUACUUUACAGAAAGAAAUUAAUAAUAUUUACAGUUGUGUAAACUGAAACAGAGGCAAUCUAAUUUUUCAGGGAUAAGCAACACAUAAAAGUUGAUCCAAUAGUGAAAACAUCAUAAUAGGUUUUCUCAAGAUCUUGAUUUAGCAUUUGUUUUCUCCUUUUCUAAUUUGUGACAUUCAAACAGUCCAAUUAAUUUACAUACUGGUAAUUUAAAUUUGUGUGGUGCCAUCAAAUUUUAGAAGGUAUUUAUGAAGGAGUUUUGUUUGAUGCACAGUAGCAUGUAAAUUAGAUCAAUGAGCAGAACAAUAUUUUUUUGUUGUGAGAGUUGUCUAUGAAAUGUUUUUCCUUAGUUGUGGACAGACAGAAUCUCUGAUAACAGUCGAUACACAGUACAGAG